CGGAGCCCGGUUCCGCGCGGCUCAGCCACCCGCUGACGCACCGUCGAAAAGUUGCGCUCAGCCCUCCUCCCUCCUCCCUCCUCCUCCUCCUCCUCCUCCUCCUCCUCCUCCCUUCCCAGGGCCAGGCCGGCUGCGGAGUUGGAGCCGCGCGGGGAGCUGCCGGCCCCCCUCCCCUCUCGGUGCCCCGCGCGCGCGGGGGGCGGCUCCGCGGCCGGUGCCUCCGGGACGGCGGCACAAACUUUCCCGACUGUUUGCGGACACCGUCCCGAGAGCCCCGCACCGCGGGAGGAGGAGCCAGGUCUGCGGGCAGAUUUUGAAAGUCUUCUGGGAGUUUCCAGCAGUGCCAAGAGUUGGAGAAAUCUUUUCUGUUCCUCUGAUACAGUGAAAUGAGCAGAUACAGCCCAGCAGUAGGCUACUGAAGAGAGCAAUCACAGGUAACUGUGUUACUUACAAAUUGAAGGUUUGUGGCAACCUUGCCAGCAAGCAAGUCUGUCAGCACCAUUUUUCCAAAGAAACUUGAAUGCAGUGGUUUGGAACUGAACCCACAACGUUCCUGAGGUUUCAGAAGAUGACAGUGAAAUGUGAUGAAGUUACAUUUCUUAUAUGAUACUUGAAAGUCAGUGACUGUUUGCCAAAUUUUCCCGAAAAUUAACUAUGACUUAGAAGCACUGAUUUACGAAGGUUUAUGAUGUCAUCGGUUACUACAGAGAACAAAUUCCAGCAGGCUGUGAGCCUGCAGGGAGUUGACCCAGAAACAUGCAUGAUUGUAUUUAAAAACCACUGGGCGCAGGUUGUGAAGAUCUUAGAGAAGCAUGACCCCUUGAAGAACACCCAGGCAAAAUAUGGAUCCAUCCCUCCAGAUGAGGCCAGUGCUGUACAGAAUUAUGUAGAACACAUGCUCUUCUUGCUCAUUGAAGAGCAAGCCAAGGAUGCUGCGAUGGGGCCAAUUCUGGAGUUUGUGGUCUCAGAGAACAUCAUGGAGAAACUCUUCCUUUGGAGUUUGCGGAGGGAAUUUACCGACGAGACUAAAAUGGAGCAGCUAAAGAUGUAUGAGAUGUUGGUCACGCAGUCACACCAGCCUCUGCUGCACCACAAACCCAUCCUAAAGCCCCUGAUGAUGUUGCUGAGCUCUUGUUCGGGAACAACCACCCCCGCUGUGGAGGGAAAGUUGGUUGUCCUGCUCAAUCAGCUUUGUUCCAUCCUGGCCAAAGAUCCAUCAAUUCUGGAACUCUUCUUCCACACUAGUGAGGACCAAGGGGCAGCCAACUUCCUCAUCUUCUCCCUUCUGAUUCCCUUCAUUCACCGAGAGGGGACAGUAGGGCAGCAGGCCCGAGAUGCUUUGCUGUUCAUCAUGUCUCUGUCUGCUGAGAACAACAUGGUGGCCCGUCACAUCGUGGAGAACACCUACUUUUGUCCAGUCCUUGCAACCGGGCUGAGCGGGCUCUACUCUUCGCUGCCCACGAAGCUGGAGGAGAAGGGCGAGGAGUGGCACUGCCUGCUGGAGGACGACUGGCUGCUGCUCCCCUCUCUCGUCCAGUUCAUGAACUCCCUGGAGUUCUGCAACGCAGUCAUCCAGGUGGCUCACCCCUUGAUUCGCAAUCAGCUUGUGAAUUAUAUUUACAACGGAUUCUUGGUCCCAGUCUUGGCUCCUGCGCUCCAUAAGGUGACUGUGGAGGAGGUUAUGACCACAACUGCGUAUCUGGACCUUUUUCUGCGUAGUAUCUCCGAGCCAGCGCUACUUGAGAUCUUCCUCCGUUUUAUCCUCUUGCAUCAGCACGAGAAUGUCCACAUCCUAGAUACUCUCACGAGUCGAAUCAACACCCCAUUUCGGCUCUGUGUGGUGUCCCUGGCAUUAUUUAGAACUCUCAUUGGUUUACAUUGUGAAGAUGUGAUGUUACAACUAGUUCUAAGGUACCUGAUCCCUUGCAACCACAUGAUGCUGAGCCAGAGGUGGGCCGUGAAGGAGAGGGACUGCUACUCCGUGUCCGCGGCCAAGCUGCUGGCCCUGACCCCUGUCUGCUGCUCCAGCGGGAUCACCCUGACGCUCGGCAACCAGGAGAGGGAUUAUAUCCUCUGGUCAAAGUGCACGCACGGCAGUUCAGGGACCACGGAGCAGCCCCUGCCGGAGGCGUUCUCCCCGUCGGCCUGCAUCGUGGAGUAUGGCAAAGCCCUGGACAUCAGCUACCUGCAGUACCUGUGGGAGGCCCACACCAACAUCCUCCGCUGCAUGAGGGACUGCCGAGUCUGGUCUGCCCUGUAUGACGGAGACUCCCCCGACCCUGAGACAUUUCUCCAGAGUCUGACAGAGGACAGUGCUGUCCACUCGGCCUGUCCUGUGCUCGGGUUCCCGCAGCAGCUCCCCAGGAAGACAGGCCCCGCGCUGGCUUCAAGAAAGGAGAAGAGCCAGACAGAGCUGGAGUGGGAUGACAGCUAUGACACGGGCAUCUCCUCGGGGGCAGAUGUGGGCUCCCCGGGGCCUUACGAUGAUCUGGAGAAUUCGGGUCCACCCGCACCGGUUGAUCCCCCCAAACACAUCCAAGAGAUGAAGAAGAACGCCAUCCUGCUCUUUAAAGGGUCCUACAUUGAAGAGUCUGACUUUCAGGAUGACGUGAUGGUGUACAGGCUGUGUGCUGAGAAGGACUCGGAGGACGCCAGGAACUCCCAGGACGGAAGCGCAGGGCCCUCCGCCCCGGCCGAGAUUCGGGGCCCCCCCCUGAGCAAUGGCCCCCUGCCCAGCAGCCCUCAGUCAGAAACCGACUCAGAGGAGGAAGAGGAUAGGGGCAGCUCGGGCCUGUUUGAAAAUGUGGCCGAGGAACCCCACCAAGAAGAUGAGCCGGAAGUAGCCCUAGGAUCAAGCUUUGAGCUAGCACCUUCCCUCUCUGAGGAAGAACACAAGACAGACCUGGUGGUCGGUAACCCGGGGGGUGAGGAUUUCAUCGCCCAAUAUGACCAGAUCAUCAAAGAGCUGGAUUCUGGCACCGAGGGCUUCAUAGAACAGAGCUUCCCCUCAGCCGACGUCUUGCAUCUUCCAGAAGAGCAAGGAGGAAAGGAAGAAGAGAGUGAAGGAGAAAAGGAGGCAGAGCCGGGGAGGAAGGCCCCCGAAGAGGAGGAGGACGACUUCGAUUCGUUUAUAGCAGAAACCCCGACCGCGGACACCGUGCCAUCCCCGUUUGGGGCGAGAGAUGAGACUGCCUUUGCCAGGCACCAUCCCGUGAGGACUCAGAGCACCCCGUUCACAGGCCCCUUCAUCAGCGUGGUCCUGUCAAAGCUGGAGAACAUGCUGGAGAACUCUCUACAUGUUAAUUUGCUGCUUAUUGGGAUCAUUACUCAGCUAGCCAGCUAUCCCCAGCCCCUCCUGCGCUCCUUUCUGCUCAACACCAACAUGGUCUUCCAGCCAAGCGUCCGUUCUCUGUAUCAGGUCCUCGCGUCGGUGAAAAACAAGAUCGAGCAGUUUGCUUCUGUGGAGAGAGACUUCCCAGGGCUCCUUAUACAAGCCCAGCAAUACCUGCUCUUGCGAGUGGACACGUCCGACUUGAGCCCUGAGGCGCUAACCAAAGAUCCCAUUCAAGAUGCUUCCAGGACAGGAAUUGGCAAGAACCUUUUGGAUGGUCCCCCAAGAGUGCUUCAGCCCUUCCUGACGAACAGAGCCAAGGUGGCUGGGGUGCCGCCAAGCCUGCCCCUGCCCGUGAGGAACACCAUGUUGGCUGCUGCCCUCUUCCCCGAGUUCCUGAAGGAACUGGCUGCCUUGGCCCAGGAACACUCCAUUCUGUGCUACAAGAUCCUCGGUGACUUUGAGGACUCCUGUUGUUAGCUUUUUUUUUUUUUUUUUCUAAAUAGAGGUUCUUGUUUUUUAAGGUUUUAGUGUCUUGACUGAAUGUUAAAUGCAAAGCUGCUUACAGAAAUUUCUACUUUGAUAUUUCCUGACAAUACUUGAUUUGUGGGGAGGGCAAUUUUCUGUAUACCUCCUCUUUCUCUAGCCGGGUCUUUCCACCUUAUAUAGAAUGUAAGUCUCAUAAGCUGGUGGCUCCUUUGGCAGGUUUUCCUUUUUCCUCCUCCAGUUUUUCGGUUGUUAAAUUCUCCCAUCCCUUUGAGUCACUCAUCUUGCAGCUUAGGUCACACUAAGCCAAUCCUGGGGUUCAGUGAUUUCUGCAGGUGCCCCGGGUCAGAAGGCUGAGCUGUUCAACACACACGAGGAGUACACAUCUGCUCCGCUGCCUUCUGUGUUCUGGCUCCAUUUCACAAAAGGAAAGAAUAAAGAUGGAGCCCCUCUUGCCUCCAUCACGCAAGCACACAUCUUUUGUCCCUUUGCAUUUUACUUCCAAGAUUUGCACUCUGCCCAAACCGUGUUGCCUUAUGGUAUGGGCAAAUCCACCGGUCUCAGCUUUCUGCCUGGGAAGUCAGAUGUAGUGGUGGAGAAUUUGGAAUGCAGGGAAAUUUUCUUGUUGCUUGAGAGCUUUCUUUAAUCAGUAUAUCACUACCUAAACACUGGAAAUGGCCUUAUUUUAGUAAGAUUUGCACAAAAUGAAAUAUACAAACUGUUACAUUGGGUUUUAGGACUUUGAUCUGAUGAAGCAAGCAGGGUAUCAUACACUUCUGUAUCAUUAUUUUUUAAGUGUUUUAUGAAAGGCGAACAAUUUGUGAAGCUAUGUUACAGUGGGUUUUUUGGGGUAAAGGGGAAGUAUGGAGUGGGGUGGUGGGAGGAAGGAUAAAGGUAAACUAAAUGCAGCCUGUAAAAAAUACUGGCCACUGUUUUAGAUUCUGUGUGCUUUCUCUAAUAUGUUGUACUUUGCAGAGAAACAGGAACUGCACAGCCUCUUUGGGACCUGGGAUGGAAGUGUGAACAGGUCACAGGGAGCCCUGCAAAGCCAAGUGCCUGCUCGUGACUCACUGCACACAGAAAUGCUGCCUUCUGAGUAAUGGGGUUCAUUAGAAGGCCCCAACAUGAUGUAUUAGCGCCUCCGUGCUGCUUUGCAGCCUGCUCCAAGAGGCGUAAUUAUACCUAGCGCCGGUCUCCUUAAACCACCAAGAGGGAGAAAUGCACACAAUAAUUGUGCAUAAAAUGAGACCAUAAACAGCUGAUAUUUGUGGAUAUCCAAUUCCCGCCCCCCACCCCUUAUUUUGUGCAGGUGAGAAGCACAUAACAGGGGCGGGCCUCCCUGUCUGGAGGGAAAUUGGAAGUCCCAGCUCUCCUUGUUUUCUGUGUGGGCAUCGUUGCUGGGCCCUGGGGGCAGCCACAGGUCUGGCCAUCAUGCCUCUGGAGAACGGGUAUGGGCUUAAUCAGGCCCCUGGCACAGGAGAGCAGUGGGGGGACAGAGUCACAGCUGAGACCCUGCAGAGCAGAGGCUGCUUUUUUGUGCUUCAUGGAUCUUGUCGCAGCUUUGUAUUGAGAGAGCGCCAGCCCAAGGAAAUGAGGAUCCCAGGAGAUCUGGUCUGGGCUAGGAGGCUCUUAGCAGCCUGCCUCACAGUGUUUCCCAGUCUAAGCAAGAAACCAAAGAUACCAACCUAUUGUCUGUUUCUGACUUCACAUCUAUCUGUCUUGGAAAAGGGUUUGCCCAGCUGUGGUACAGCAGUGGGAAAGUAUGAGGCCCGGCAGACUGGCCUGCUCGGGGCUUCCUGGCACUCACUGGUAUAGGCAAACCCCCGGGUCUCCAAUGGAAAAGAACUUGGCUUAAGGUAGAGAAAAAAGAACAGGAAGAUGGGAUUUAAGCUGUAAUUUAUUAUCCUCUAGCUUUGUUUUGCACAAGUAUUUAUCUUCUGGUUUGGACUUAUACCUAAAAUGUUAAAGUCGUACCUGGAAAGUGUAUUCCUCAGCUUUUUGGUUUGAUGUACUCUUCUCUCCAUUAUCCAGUGUUGGUGUCUAUUCUUCUUCAGUCCAUGUUGCUUUAUUAGAGUACACCACAGGCUCACAUAGAAGGUGCCCUUUUAGGAAAGAGAUUGCUUUUGUGCCUCCUAGCAUUUUUAAAAAUAGGUAUUGAACUAGACUUACCUUAAAGGAGGACAGAGAUGACCCAGUGUCUGGGGUGGGAGGCAGGAAAAUUAACUCCUAUGAUGGGGUGCUGGUAGCAAACCCCCAUGAUGACCCUACUUGGAAUUGGAAACUGGCUCAUCUGUCUGAAUCCGAUAUAGGCCUCCUCCAGAGUAUUGUGUCCAGGGGUUUUCAAAAUGAAGUCAGAAAUUUGAUCUGGAAAUACAUUGUAGAGAACUGGAAAACCCACACGGUUGAGGGAAACAGCCAGGUUCAGAGAAUGGUGUAGAUAUAACAGAGGAGAAACAGCAGAAUCCCGAGGCUACAAAAAAGAGCAAAUCCUGAAGGGUUCGGAGGAAUGACCUUCCAUCUAGGCCGAUAUGAAGACACUGUGCAGCAGGUGGGUGAUGAUGGGAAUUCCUUGGUGGGCAAAAUCAUGGUAAUGUAGAGUAUUCCAAUCAAAGUAACGGGUGAGGCCCUUAGAAAUGUGUAUUUUGUAAUGUGUUUGAGAAAAAUUUGUAAAGAUACUGGCAUGCUUUAAAAUGUCCCAGAGCAUGGUCACUUUUCCAUGUGACAGGCUCCCAGACACUGUGCUAUUUGCUGGAAGGCACAGGGGGCGCAGACCCUUACCUGCAGCCCCGAGUUGGCGUCACUGUGUCUAGCCUGACGAUCCUGGGCAGUGAAAGCCACUGCAGGGUUCCUGGAACCUCACACAUAAUUUCUCCAUUCAUAAUGCAGGGUCUGAGGUAAAGUUCUAGAUGGGGUGAAUUUUAUGAUUCAAAAUAUAGGCUGAGCACUAGGGUAUUUAAAAUAGAUUUUUAGAAAUGACCAAGUCAAUGUUUUUAAAAAUUUAAACAAAGAAAUUCCAGGUGAGUUUAGCCUAAAAUACCAUUUCUUGGGAGGUGGAUGGAUAAAUUACAAUUUCCCAGCCAUGAAAUGGAGACUCUGGAAUAACCAAUUAUAGAGAUGCGAUUUUCGUGAUCAGUAGAUAUACUUCCUUUCUCUGGUAUUUAGAGGAAUCGUGAAAUUGCCCCCCCUUUUAUCUAGUACUGUCUUGGAAAAUACUUUGAUGUACUGAUGGAUUGGAACUGAGGUCUGUGUCACGUGUAGGGAGGAUGCAUCCCGUUCUUUUUCGGGUCCUCAGGGGUACCUUUUCCUUAGCAAGUGGCUUUAAGUCAGAUGUAGUUGUUGAUUUUCAAUCCACUGAGACAUCAUGGAGCCAUGGUGUUGUCAGGAGAACAUCUCUUACACUUAGAAUCCAGAGACAGGAUAUGAGACUGUUCGGGUUGCCUGUUCAGGUUGGGCAGCCAGUGGUACUCAGGGUGGAAAGAGGUUUCAACAUCUCUGAAUCGGCAUGGUUGCCAUGGUUACAUGGGUUGACUUCUAGAUCUGUUUAGAGGUUCAGGAGUGUAUAAGGGCUGCUCAUUCUAAAUCUGGAUCGGUGUGCCUAGGUCGUUUUCACGGGAGAAGCGCUGCCCUGGCCGGGGUGGGCCGAGUCAUUGGCGUGAUGUGAAAUGUGUGCAGCAUAAGCUCCAGUUCUCAUUUAAGGGCAGUUCAGUUUAAUUGCUAAUUACCAGUCCUGCAUUUACUGAAAUGGCUGUCAAGCUUGCCAUUUUUAUGAAACACUUUAUUGCAGGACAGCUAUUAUUGCACGUGCUACUUCAAGUCACUGGCCCAAGCUGGUGUAAUUUGUGGCUUGCUGUGAAUCUCGGCCAGCUCUGCAGUGUUAGCUUUUCCUGGAACCAGCAGUCGGUCCUCUGGUGGCUGAGGCCACCCAGCUCUCAGUCAUUAAGAAGGUAUUCUCAGGCCCCUUCUCACUUCAACCAUCAUUCUAUAAAUCACACGGCACUAAUUCUCCAUCAGAUCACAGCUUAAAACAGAACUCUGUCGAACUGGUUUAUACUCCAUCCUUAAAUCACAUCACUGACGAAACAUUUUAAGAAAAUGGAGUUGACGUUUUUCCUUUUUUUUUUUUUUGUUUUUAAUUUUUUUUUUUUUAUUUAUUUAUGAUAGUCACACAGUGAGAGAGAGAGAGAGGCAGAGACACAGGCAGAGGGAGAAGCAGGCUCCAUGCACCGGGAGCCCGACGUGGGAUUCGAUCCCGGGUCUCCAGGAUCGCGCCCUGGGCCAAAGGCAAGCGCCAAACCGCUGCGCCACCCAGGGAUCCCCGUUUUUCCUUUUUGAAUGACCAUCAUAAACCUAAUGCUUUAGAAAGAGCUCUUGGAAGACUAAGAAUUGUUUUCAGGAUAAUUUUGCCUCAGUAAAUCCUCUCUACAUUCAGGCAUUUAUUAGGCCAUUACUUGUUUUGGAGGACAGAUUAUCCUGGCAGCUCAUUAACUGGAUAAACGGGUUUAGUGUAAGAUUUUUGGUGAGGUCCUACAGGGAAGAGGACAGGAGGAAAAAUGGGGGGAAGCCUUUAGUUCUUUGGUGUCUGCACUUGGGAUCCUAAGAGGAUGAUUUUAGCUAGGACUGACCCUUCCCAUCAGGUCACUGUGAAUUCCGUUCCCGUCUCACGACAUGUGAGUAAACCUCGCUGUCAGCCACACAAGUUACAAGGCUGCCAAUAGGCACCGUCGCUAUGCAUUCGAUAUGUAGUUCAGGCAUCUUUUGGGGAGCUUAGAUUUACUAUGUCAUUUCAGAACCUGACAAGGGUGAUGGAAGCUUUUAGGCCAGAUUAUAAAUUUCGUGCAGCUGAGGCUGCAGAGGUCUGUGCUUCUGAGUAGGUCUGUUGACUUUUUAUUGGGACAAGUCUGCAAAAGACCUGUAACGAGGCCCCUUUUUGCCCUGGAGAUAUUUUUAAGAGGGAAUUUGAUCUUACUUAAAUGAUUUUUGCUAAUUUGUUUGGCUAAGGGAGGCAAUGGGAGAGGAUUUCAGUCAGAUUCUGUCCAUCUCCUGCUUUAGGGUCAACUGUGUUCACAAAUAAUCCAUGGAUACAUUAGUCUAAAACCUGCCAGGGAAGCAUGGUAGCCAUUGCCAUGCUGCUUUUGGUAAUGGUAAAUAACAAUGGCCUUUGCGAGAGACUCAGUGUGUGUUUUUCCACCAAUAGUCACUAUGUAGAACCCUUGAAAGGCUGCAGCACAUCCAGUAGAAAUGAGAAACACAGUGUGAACUGUAGGUCAUUCCCAUAAGCUGUGUAUUGAAUUAACUAACUCAAAGCUCUAGGAGGGUGUGUACUUUCAAAAAUUCCCUAGCCUUCCUUCUUCCAGAUAAGCAAUAAUUACAAAAGUGUGUGUGUGUGUGUGUCUGUGUGUAAGCUCAGCUAAAACAUGCCAAACUUGGUAUAAAUAACAAUUAGCUUCCUUUUCCUGGGGCGUGUAUACUUUGAACGAUAGGAACAGAAGUUCACUACGUUGCAGAAGCCUGGACAGAGUCAAGUAGCUCCUUCCUAGACCCAGAUGUCCAGGAUUUAAAAGCCUACUGGUUGGCAGCACCAACCUCCCAUACCAAAAGGCCCCACAGAAAGCUGUCCACUAAUUUUAUUAUAUAAAUUCAGUCACCGUUCACUGAAGUUAUUCUGUGCCACACUGUGUGCCAAGUGUUGAGGCUGAUGUUAACCUCCCACCAGAACCAACCAACCAACUCAUUUUCAACUAAUAGAACACAUGGUUUGGGCCAUGGUUUAUGGCCAGGUAGAGCUGGGUCAUGCCGACCUGAAGAAGAGCCAGUUUUCCAACACACCCCCACCCCCAGCCUAUAGGUGUGUGGGUUCCAAUGAAAGAUGGCAAUGGCUUUACCUGUGGCACCAACUCAUACAUUUUAAUGAGAUUUUCAUCUGAACAGCAAACAACCAGACUGACUUCUCACUCAUGGAAAGACUAUGAGCAGAGCCAUACUUGUGAAUUUCUGACACUGUUGUGCAAGCACAUCUUUUGACUGUAUGGUCAGGUUCCAAGUAACAUACCUGAGCUGUGCUUUGACUUUUUCUAUUACCAGUUACAACAACACACCUGUCCAAUUUUCAGGAUGUCAGAAGUGAGCAUGCAAGAUCAUGGGGCAAUUGUCAGAGAUUGACAGUCAUCAGUGUAAAGAUCAGAUGUUCUCAUGAUGGCAUUUUUCUCUGGAAAUGAUCCAUACCACAGUUUACACUGGAUGUAACAGGUUGGGUAAAUGUCUUCAUGCAGCUGCCCCCAAAGCCUUGAUUUAAAAUGGCCUGGAAAGCUCCCCGAGUGUCUUCUGUAGAGUUUGGUGUUCAAGAAGCCAGACUUUUGGUGAAAAAGGCAUGUUAUUUCUAACAGUGAUCCUGCCAGAAUCGGUCUUUGAUUGCCUUUGCCCCUCUGUAAUUCAGACUUGCAAGACAAGGGGAGGGAAUGGACGCUGCCUUUUUUCUCUCAAAAAGAAAAAUACUUUACUCCGAGGUCCAGUAGUUUUCAGUAUUGGAACAGAAUGCGUGAGGGGCACACAGCCUCCUGGGUGAGGUGACAGUCCCUCACAAUCCUAAGUUGUUUUUUUUUUUUUUUAAAAAAACCUUACCUCUUCAUGCUUGUCUGGAAUAAAGCACACAGCUGGUCUCCUUUCUGUCCCUGCCUUCUCGACGCUUCUGUCACACUCUUAGGGAAGUCCUGAGUAACCGCCAGCUGCUGGAGCACCAUCCGUUGCCACGCUGGCCACAGGGAGGGUCUGCUCUUCUCCAGUCUCCCAGCUGCCCCUGCGGCACUACUCGUGAUGACAAUGCCCAGACUCUUCUUAGUAGGCUAGGGGACUUCAGCGUAAACGCGGAGACUCCAGAAUCUGGUCUGUUCCUUAUGCCACGGUUUGACAUGUGUUUUUAAAAAGGAGCAUUUGAGAAAUUGGUCUUUAAGCACUCUGAGCCAGAGGUAACAGGCAUGCAGUGAACAGAGGGGCGCUCCAGUGCGGUAGACAGAUGGCAUUACUGUCCCCAGCACAGGGGCAAGGGCAACCCAGGCUUCAUGAAGAUGUUAACCACACUGGAAUUACUGGUAAAGGUCAUGAUUUUGGUGUACUAGUUGAUAAUCUUAUUCUUCCCAGGCAAAACAAAUCAGUUUAAUGUUACAGCUUUUUUCCUUUUUAUCCUUUUUCUGGCCUGGGUGGUGGGGCAGAAGAGUUAUCAACUGCACAAUCUUUGAAGUGUAAGUUAAUUUUUUAUGUGAUAUUUCAGUAUAUAUUUUAUUCAUUAAAUUUAUUUGAAAACUUC